UCUGAACAGCCGCUAGUUGACUAACGGCAGCGACAGAGAGCUUCAGUCGUCCGGGGUUACUUCAACCGGGCACCACGCACUUAUCCAGCCUCAACCGGGGACACGAGUAAUACAAUAUAAAGGCGUCGAAACCACGUAGAAGAAGUGAGGUUUAAUCGAAAGGCAGUUAGUUUAAAUCAGUUAUUAAACAUCGACCGGCUGAUCUUUGUUACCAACUCUCCGCGCAUACGUAGUGUUAGCUCGCUAAGCUAACUAGGCUAGCUGACUGCGCUAGCUCCAGAGAGAGAAAAGGCCGUCGAGCGUCAGUUAUUUAUAACAGAGAGCGGACUCAUCCUGGCAUAUCACGAACACCUUGACGUCGAAGAAGCGAACAUCGAAAGAGGAUGGCUCUGAAAAGGAUCAACAAGGAGCUUAACGACCUGGCUCGUGACCCUCCAGCACAGUGCUCAGCCGGCCCAGUGGGCGAUGACAUGUUUCACUGGCAAGCCACAAUCAUGGGACCUAGUGACAGUCCAUAUCAGGGAGGUGUUUUCUUCUUGACAAUUCAUUUUCCAACAGACUACCCCUUCAAACCACCCAAGGUUGCAUUUACAACAAGAAUUUACCACCCAAAUAUAAACAGUAACGGCAGUAUCUGUCUGGAUAUUCUCAGAUCACAGUGGUCUCCUGCACUUACUAUUUCUAAAGUUCUUCUCUCCAUUUGCUCACUCCUAUGUGACCCGAACCCUGAUGACCCAUUAGUGCCAGAGAUCGCACGAAUCUACAAAACAGAUAGUUCGAGGUACAAUAAACUAGCUCAGGAGUGGACAGCCAAGUAUGCCAUGCUUUAGGAUACACCAAAAUGGCAAAAGACUGGACACAAAAAUACGCCAUGUGAUGCCGUCGUUUGGAAAGCUGGUGGAAAAUGUUGUUGCUGGUUCAAACAAAAAAAAAAAAAUACGGGAUUCUGUUUUUCUUUUUCACUUUUCUUUUUUCUUCUUUUUUUUUUUUUUUUUUUGGUUAAUCAGAGCAUUUUACCCCCUCCUUUUUCCACCUGCGCGCUCAUAAGAAGAUAGUGUUUUCUCUCUCUAGGACACGUGCCAGUUUCUGUGAAGUUUCAACUCCCAUUUUUGUGCGGAGUUUUAAAAAAAAUAAAUAAAAAUAAAUAAAUCACCAUGGUUCUGAAUACUCGGCUUGAGCAUGCACCAGAAAGAGUUGGUGAUGUUAGUCAUUUACUCUGCACACACUUAGUAGAAUCUGAUGCGACUGGUCUCCUGAACACUAUCGGCCUCAUGAUGAUCCAGUUGAUUCACUGGCUAGAUCCUCUGCGGUUGAUAUUUAAUUAAAGCCGGAUUUCACAGAGCACUUAUAGAGAAGCGUGUCUUUUCGCCAUACCUGUAAAUUCUGAAUUUUAAAGUUUCAAAUUGGUAAAAACUGCUGCAUUUUAUUUGGUCAAAUCAGAACUAUUUGGGAAACUGGUUAGUGGCUCCUGUAUCUGCCUUCUGGACUGGUGUGAUGUCAGUAUGUUCUUCUGAUCUUUAGUAUAGGACUCUAUUACCUGAGGAAAGAAGUGUAUCUUAUUCCACUAUCAAAGUGUGUGUACAGAGAAGCACAGCAGUAUAUAUCGAUGUUAAGGAAACAAAAUAUAAGAACUUCAAUGUUGUAUUUUAUGCAUGUUAAUAAAGGUAGGCUAUUAUAUCUGAUAUGUUUCUGCAAAUUUAAGUGGAUUGUAAGGCUGAACAGUUGGAAAAAUGUGGUUCCCCUCAAAGGCUUUCUAUUUCUUUUUCGUUAUUUAGAAGCCAGUAGAUGAGCUAUUAGUUUUAUGCCCACUCGAACACUGUCUUCUUGUAGCCCUAAAAUAUUGACGCAAAGCUAAUGGUUGAUAAUCAACUUGUGGCUCUGUUUCUUUUUUAGUUUCCCUUCAAUAAAGUUACUUAAAACCAUAAAA